AUGAUGCGCCGUAUACCGCGUCUCCCGCAGCCGAGCCUGCUCGCCGUGGCCCCGACCCACUGCACCUGCGCCGCCGCCGCACCAGCAACCCUCCCCAUCCAGGCCGCAGCACGGAGGACCCUCUCGACAACACCCGCGACGCAUAGCCGCCUCCGCAAGGCUCUCUGGAAAGGUGGCGAGGCUCCCGGGCCCGAGGAUCCCUACGCGAACGAGUCGUCCCAGGUUCUCCGUCAGAAGCAGCUCGAGCGCGAGCUCGCCGAAGCCGAGGCCGAGCUCGCAGCGUACGAAGCCGAUGCCCAGGGCUACACCAAUGCGCAGAAGAGCGAGCGGCAGCGGAAGAACGUCGUCACACGGCUGACGAGCAAGAUCAAGAACCCACGUACCUGGGCGCCGACGGAGAAGGAGGUCGAGGGGCAGGGCUAUAUCCCGGCCCAGUCCGUCGAGGGGCUCGAGGAGAUCGGCGGCCUCGACGGCUGGUGGGAUCAGGAGGGCCGAUGGGGGAAGGAGAGCCGGUACGUCGCCUUCGCGCGGGACGGCAAGGUUCUCGACGCCGAUGUCUGCGAGGCGCUGGUUCGGCAGGCCGUUGUCGAGGUGCUCGCCGUCGAGCGCACGCGGAAGGACCGCCUGACGGGCGCCUGGGCCAAGGGCGGCCUCAAGAACUUUAAUCGCACGAUGAAGGUCCGCUUGGCUCUGCAGGAGGACGGAAGCCUCGCGCUCGAGGGCGACGCCGACGUUGUGAACGCCAUCGGCCGCGUAUCCACCAUCGAGCCUCGAGACGCUGAGCUCGAGGACUACCUGACGCCCGAGGAGGCCAGGGAGAGGGCCAAGCAGUGGGACCCGAGCUGGAAGAGCGCCUCCCUGGAAGAUGUGCAGCUCAAGUUUGCCGUCCACAAGCGCGUUUUCCAACUGACGGGACACCACGUCCACGACGCCAAGCUCGCGCAGAUCAAGACGGUGGCGGAUCUCAUCAGCACCAUCGUCAAGCCGCCCAAGCCGACAAAGGUGGCGGACGCGCUGCGCGAGCGCGGCGCGCUGCUCGAGCUCCCCAACGUGCGCGUCCACGACCGCCGCGUCACGCCCAUCGACAAAGAGACGGCCGUCGGCCGGUGGAAGGUCAUCACGUCGGAGCUCGAGAAGCGCGGCCUGCCCGUCACGGGCCACGAGCACCUCCCCAAGCCGGUACAGAGGAAAUGGAUCCAGGGCCGGGCAUGA